GAACCCCUCAGUGUCUCUCAAAGUAGCCUCUGAAGCUCCUCACUCUCCCUCGGACCAGACAGACAGAUACACUGCGCCCAGGGACGGACAGACAGACGUACUGAGACAGAGAGAGAGGCAUUAGAAACUCAGAGCAGUGUUCCCCCUUGCUCAGUCACUCCCUCCUAACUCCUCCCUCCCUCCUUUCUCAAUCUCUCGUUCCCUCCCUCACCUGCCUGCACCUGUACAGCCAACCAGCCAACUACCCAGCCACCCAGCCAGAGAACCACCCAGCCACCCACCCAGCCAACCACCCAGCCAACCACCCAGCCACCAUGGCCCCCAAAAAGAAGAGUGCUCGUCAGCGGCAGCCCGUGUCACUGGAGAAGCCUCUGCCCGUCUCUGGAGGGGUGCUGAUCGAGGAGACCCCGCUGGAGGUGGACCACCUGAACCUGCUGAACGGGCUGCGGGACUCGGGGUCCCCCUGCAGCUCCACGGAGAUGGUGCACCCCGAGCACGGCGCCGCCCUGCUGGAAGAGUUCAGCCGCAUGCGGCAGGAGCGUCUCCUCACCGACCUGGUGCUGGCCACCAAGACCAAGUCCUUCGACGUCCACAAGCUGGUCAUGGCCUCCUGCAGCCUGCACUUCCGGGAGCUGCUGAAGAGAGACCCCGGGGUGCAGAGGGUGGAGCUGGACUCCCUGUCCCCGCUCGGGCUGGCCAGCGUCAUCACCUACGCCUACAUGGGCAAAGUCAACCUGUCCCUGUACACCAUCGGCUGCACCGUGGCCACUGCCACCACCCUCCAGAUCCCACAGCUGGUGCAGAUGUGCAGCGACUUCCUGCUGCAGGAGAUGAGCGUGGAGAACUGCAUGUACAUCUCCAACAUCGCGGCGGCGUACGGGCUGAACGGAGCCGGGGAGGCGGCCCGCGGCUUCAUCCGGGCCUCCUUCAUGGAGUUCUCCCGGUCCGACCACUUCCUGCGGCUCACCCUGGAGCAGAUCCGCGAGCUGCUGAGCGAUGACGCCCUGCUGCUCCCCUCCGAGCUGGACGCCUUCCACAGCGCCCUCCGCUGGCUGGAGUUCGACCCGCCCCGGAGCCGCCACGCCGCCGAGCUGCUGAACCACGUGCGCUUCGGCACCAUCCCCGCCCAGGAGCUGGUGAGCCACGUGCAGCCCGUGCCGCGCAUGAUGCAGGACCCCGAGUGCCACCGGCUGCUCGUGGAGGCCAUGAACUACCACCUCCUGCCCUUCCAGCAGAACGGGCUGCAGUCACAGCGCACCAGUAGCAGGGCCGGCCGGUCCGCGCUGGUGACCGUGGGGGGCCGGCCCUCGCUCACGGAGAAGGCCCUGAGCAGGGAGGUGCUCUGCAGGGACCCCGACUCCCUCGCGUGGCACAAGCUCUCCGAGAUGCCGGCCAAGAGCUUCAACCAGUGCGUGGCCGUGAUGGACGGCUUCCUGUACGUGGCGGGCGGGGAGGAUCAGAACGACGCGCGCAACCAGGCCAAGCACGCCGUCAGCAACCUCUGCAGGUAUGACCCACGCUUCAACACCUGGCUGCACCUGGCCAGCAUGCGCCAGCGCCGCACCCACUUCAGCCUGAGCGCCCUCGACGGGCAGCUGUUUGCGAUCGGGGGCCGCAGUGCCGAGGGGAUCCUGUCCACCGUUGAGUGCUACGUGCCGUCCAGCAAUGCCUGGCAGCCACGGGCGGUCAUGGAGAUGCCACGGUGCUGCCACGCCUCGGCCACGGUCAACGGGACCAUCCUGGUGACCGGCGGCUACAUCAACAGCGCCUACUCCCGCACAGUGAGCCGCUACGACCCAACCACGGACAGCUGGGCGCGGGCCACGGAUCUCAGCACCCCCCGUGGCUGGCACUGCGCCGCCUCCCUCGGGGACCGAGCCUACGUGGUGGGGGGCAGCCAGCUGGGGCCGCGGGGCGAGCGAGUGGACGUGCUGCCCGUGGAGAGCUUCAACCCGGCCACGGGCCAGUGGAGCUACAUGGCGCCCCUCCCCGUGGGGGUGAGCACGGCCGGCCUCACCUCCGUGGAGGGCAGGCUGUACCUGCUGGGGGGCUGGAACGAGAGUGAGAAGCGCUACAAGAAGAGCGUGCAGACCUUCGACCCCGCGCUCAACGAGUGGGGGCAGGACCACGAGCUGCCCGAGGCCACCGUCGGUGUGUCCUGCUGCACCCUGACCCUGCCACGCAGCGCCACGGCCACGGAGCUCCACAGAAACACAGAGUCCAGAGCUAGCAGCGCCGCGUCCUCCGAGCCAGCCCGCGUGUAACAUGGGAGCGAGGAGUCUCACGGCUGGUUUCACAGACCCCCCCCCCCACCCCAUCAGCACCGGUCUCGGGCUUAACAACAUGGAAACGCUCAAGCACAAUUCUCAGGUAGAACUGAAAGAAACUGAGUCAAGCAGACAAAAGCGUUUCUGCACUUUAGUUUCACCUGGUAGAAUUCUGAUUGAGCGUUUACCCCUGUUCAUUUAAAACACUCAAGAGCAAUCAUAAUAAUAAUAAUAAUAAUAAUAAUAAUAAAAAUAAAAACUCGACUUGGGUCUGUGAAACCAGCCUGUUGCUGUAUGUGGUGAAAGAUGAGUGAAACCGGCCCACAGCAGGCUCUGGCAGUGCGACCUGGAAACAGAAGCACAGAGAAGCCGGAGACGCUGAGAAACCUCAGCAGGCGUCUCCGGGUGAUUUCUUAUAGUAUUCGUUUGUCUGUUUUUGAUAGAGUGUGAAUUAGGAAGAGCAUGAGAAGCACACGACUCAGACUAGACCAGGAGCCUGUAGCCUCUCAUCUCCAGCAGGGCUUCAGCAGCUCCCAGCGGCUCCUGGGAUUGGGGGGGGGGGUUUGGUAACAUGAUGAAAAGAGAAACGAGGAGAAGCAAAAAAAAACAAAACAAAAAAAAAAAAAAACACUGGUGGUUUAGUUCAAUGUUUUUAACUUUUUUUUUUUUAAUUUCUAAAAA